CUCUACGGCUUCUUAGCUUUACGAUGGCAACAAGUAUGGCGGCUGCUAGUGGCAGGUUUGAAAGUGCGAAGAGUAUCGAAGAGCGGAAAGAACAGACCCGGAAUGCAAGGGCCGAGGUGUUGCGCCAGUUGGAAGAGUUCUAAACCAGCUUAACUGCAAAUGAGAAGGAGCCAGCAGAGAAGAGGGAGAGGAGACUCUAAAGAGAAAAUGACUACAGCCGGAUUUUAAAGGGGAAGAGUGGGCGAUUAAUCUUGGAUAGGCCAAAGCCAAUUUUGAAAAAGAAGAAAGGCGUAAAGAACUUAAGCGACUUCGGGGUGAGGAUACAUGGAUGCUACCUGAUGUGAAUGAGCGAAUCGAACAAUUCUCACAGGAACACUCUGUGAAGAAAAAGAAGAAAAACAAGCAUUCCAAAAAAGCAAAGAAAGAGAAGAAAAAAAAGAGCAAGAAACAGAAGUAUGAAAAAAGCAAUGAGUCAUCUGAUAGCUCAUCAAGCUCUGAAGAUGAGUGGGUUGAGGCUGUUCCAUCCCAGACUCCUGACAAGGAAAGGGCCUGGAAAGUGAAAGAUGAAAAGUCAGAAAAAGAUGACACCCAAAUUAUCAAGAGGGAUGAGUGGAUGACUGUUGAUUUUAUGUGUGUUAAAACUGUGUCGUCAUCAUCACUCAAAGCUGAAAAGGAAACUAUGAGGAAAAUAGAGCAAGAGAAAACCCAAGCACUUAAGCAGUCCAAACUGAUGGAAAGAGAAUUGAAUCCAUACUGGAAGGAUGGUGGGACAGGUCUUCCACCCGAAGACUGUAGUGUGUCAUCGAUUACUAAAGUUUCAGUGGUAGAAGAUGGUGGAUUAAGCUGGCUAAGGAAGUCUUAUCUAAGAAUGAAGGAACAAGCUGAGAAGCAAAAUAGAAACUUUGAGGACAUUGUAGCCGAAAGAUAUGGGUCAAUGGAAAUAUUUCAGUCGAAAUUAGAAGACGCUGAAAAAGCUGCAUCCAUGAGAGAAGAUUAUAAACGGGAGCGGUGGAGGAAACCCACAUAUUCAGAUAAAGCACAAAAUUGUCAAGAAAGUGGAAAAUCAGACUUAGUAAAAUAUGAUAACAGUUCAAGGGAUAGAUAUGCUGCAACAGAUACUGCAAAAAAUAGCAAUACUGAUAAAUUUAUUGGUGAUGAAAAGGAUAAGAGACCUGGGUCUUUAGAAACAUGUGGAAGAGAAUCUAACCCAAGGCAAAAUCAAGAGUUUUCUUUUGGCAAUUUGAGAGCUAAAUUCUUAAGACCCUCUGAUGAUGAAGAGCUGUCAUUUCACAGUAAGGGCAGAACGUUUGAACCACCUAGUUCAUCUUCAGCAUUGGUAGCUCAGGGCUCUUUGCGUAGUGGUUUUAGAAAACCCACUGAGAACAAUGAAGAAAGAUUAACAUCAUGGAGUCGCUCUGAUGGGAGAGGAGGCAAGAAACAUUCAAAUCAAAAGCCACUGGAAACCAGUACUGAUGAAUACCAACAUGUUCCAGAAGAUACAAGAGAAAAAUCGCAAGAUGAAGGCUUGAGAGGCAACCCUCCAAAAAAAGAACAUCUACAGGACACAAAGUCUACAUUUGCUGGAAGUCCAGAGCAUGAGUCCAUUCACAUCCUGAGUGUUGAUGAGAAGAACAAGUUGGGAGCCAAGAUUAUCAAAGCAGAGAUGAUGGGGAAUAUGGAAUUAGCUGAACAACUUAAAGCUCAACUUGAAAAGGCAAAUAAAUUCAAAGAAACUGUAACACAGACACCAAAAAAAUCUGGGGUAGAGAAUGGAGACCAGCAAGAAGUAAUCCUUGUCAGAACAGAUCAGUCUGGAAGAGUAUGGCCUGUGAACACACCCGGAAAAUCUCUGGAAUCACAAGGAGGAAGAAGAAAGAGACAGAUGGUUUCAACCCAUGAGGAAAAAGAAAGGGUCAGAUACUUUCAUGAUGAUGAUAAUCUAAGCCUAAAUGAUUUAGUCAAAAAUGAAAAGAUGGGAACAGCAGAAAAUCAAAACAAGCUCUUUAUGAGAAUGGCAUCUAAGUUUAUGGGAAAACCAGAUGGAGACUAUUACACCCUGGAUGACAUGUUUGUCUCCAAAGCAGCUGAGAGAGAACGUCUUGGUGAAGAGGAAGAGAACCAACGGAAAAAAGCUAUUGCUGAGCAUCGGAGUCUUGCUGCACAAAUGGAAAAAUGUCUGUAUUGUUUUGACAGCUCUCAAUUUCCCAAGCAUCUUAUUGUUGCAAUAGGUGUUAAGGUUUAUUUAUGUUUACCCAACGUACGGUCUCUUACUGAGGGGCACUGCCUGAUAGUCCCUUUGCAGCACCAUAGAGCAGCUACUUUAUUGGAUGAAGACAUCUGGGAGGAGAUCCAGAUGUUCAGAAAAUCAUUGGUAAAGAUGUUUGAAGAUAAAGGAUUAGACUGCAUCUUUUUGGAAACUAAUAUGGGCAUGAAGAAACAGUACCACAUGGUUUAUGAAUGCAUUCCUCUGCCCAAGGAAGUGGGCGACAUGGCUCCCAUCUAUUUUAAGAAAGCCAUAAUGGAAUCUGAUGAAGAGUGGUCCAUGAACAAGAAGUUGGUAGAUCUCUCUUCCAAAGAUAUCAGAAAGUCUGUACCCAGAGGAUUACCUUACUUCUCUGUGGAUUUUGGCCUUCACGGAGGGUUUGCCCAUGUCAUUGAAGAUCAGCACAAAUUCCCUCAUUACUUUGGAAAGGAAAUCAUAGGUGGCAUGCUGGAUAUAGAACCAAGACUUUGGAGGAAAGGCAUCCGAGAAAGCUUUGAGGAUCAGAGGAAAAAAGCACUGCAGUUUGCUCAAUGGUGGAAGCCAUAUGACUUCACCAAAAGUAAAAGCUGUUGAGAUGUACCUUCCAUUUUAAAAUUUCUCUUCAGAUCCCGUUCAGUUUUAUUUCCACUGCAUCUAAUGAAGCAACUGACCCUCAGGUCGCAGGCAGAGAGUCACAGCAGCAGACUGCUCUGGGUCUGUGACAGCUGCACAUUAGGAGAUUGUGUUGUUUUUUUCCUCACCUGCUUCUAUGGACUUCAUUUUAGUCACCAUGGAGUAAAACAUAUAUUCAAUGAUCUGCUCACAUUCCUGCUCUCUACCUACUUCUUGGUAUUCCAAAUUGUUCAGUUAAUUUAGAGAAGGCCUUUUCUGAAGGGAUAUCUAGAAAGCAUAGGAAAUCCUUGGUUCAGAGGGAAGUGGGUCUGCUUCAUGGUCGUUAAGUCUAUUAUCUGACUUGUUUGCAUUUUUAAAAAUAAGACUUGAUUUAAUUUUAAUUUCAUAGGAUUUUAUAGAAAACCUCUUAAUUUUCUACUAGCAGUAUGUAGUAUCACUUCUAUUCUUUUUGUUAAAGGAAAAGGAAAUGUCCCCAAAGUAUUAAAGAAUUAAAUGAUGCUGAAAA